AUGUCAACUUGCCACGACACAGAGCCAAGCUCUGUCCCAGGGGAGACCCGUACAACAAAAAGCCAAGUGCUCGAGACAGGAGCGGCCAUAGUCCAGGACUUCACACCAGUCAAACAGAUCUGCGCACACCUGAACGCUUUCCAUGUUUAUGCCAACGACCCAAGCCGAUGCGUUGAGGCGAACCAUUAUUGCACGCAUUUAACUGAAGAUGUUCGCCAGUGCUUAAUCUACGCCUCACCUGAUUGCAACGCCCGCUUAAUCGGCGUCGAGUACAUGGUCUCACCACGCAUCUUCAAAACUCUGCCAACCGAAGAGCGCAAGCUAUGGCACACCCACGAGUUUGAAGUCAAGAGCGGCAUGCUCAUCAUGCCAGCGCCGGCAGUUAUGCCGACCGCAGUCUGGGAGGCCGCAGAGACGUCCGAGAUGGAGGAUGUAGCGCCGAUUUAUGGAAAGACGUAUCAUUUCUGGCAAGUUGAUCGUGGAGAUGUAGUGCCCAUGGGGCCGCCACAAUUGAUGGGAAGUUUCACAUCGCAUGAGAGCGUUAAGCAGUCAUGUCCGGGUGGGCUGGACGAAUUGCUUCGGGAGCGCGAUGAGAGGUUUGGGGUCGACCACAAGGCGAAGGCGAAGAAGCGGGAGGGUAUUGCGGAAGUUGAGAAGCAUCCAGCACCUUGCAAACCACUCCAUAGCCCAAAGCGCGCUCACAUAGUGCCCAUGGAACGUCUUAUCCGAUCAUCACUUAAACUCACCCCGGGUCGGGUCGCCCGCUUCGCCCUCAAUGGCACCGGGCUGUUCUGCGCAUGCGCCCUCGUCUGGGAGAACAUCGUGACCUUACAACUAAGCGAAGGGCCCUCCAUGUACCCGACCUUCAAUACACGCGGCGACUGGCUGCUCAUCUCACGAAUGCACCGUAACGGGAAAGGAAUCGAGGUCGGCGAUGUUGUGCGCUUCAACCAUCCCAGUUUCCUGGGUGUACAUGCUGCCAAGCGGGUUAUUGGGAUGCCCGGGGAUUUUGUCUGCCGGGAUCUGCCCUUUAGCACUGGAGCUGGAGAACAACCGGAUAUGAUUCAGGUCCCCGAGGGUCAUGCAUUCGUAGUCGGCGACAACCUUCCCUGGUCGAGAGAUUCGAGAAAAUACGGACCCAUACCUCUAGGAUUGAUCAAUGGAAAGAUCGUCGCGCGAGUUUGGCCGAAGAUGGAAUGGGUGCGCAACCCUAUGCAACCUGCGGAAUUGGACGACUAG